AUGAAACUUCAUAGUCCCUGGUUACUGGUGAUUCUCUUUAUUGUAAGCCUGUACACUGUAGCUGGAGGAGAAAAGCCAUCUGCAUGCCAGUGUUCAAGGAUGGACCCAAAGAACAGAAAGAAUUGUGGUUUCCCAGGAAUUUCUAGUGAAGAAUGCUUUGCUUCUGGAUGUUGUUUUGAUACCCAGACCCCUGGUGUCCCCUGGUGUUUCACUCCUCUGCCAAAGCAAGCAUCUGAAGAGUGUGUCAUGGAAGUAAAGGCAAGAGUAAAUUGUGGCUACCCUGGAAUUCCUCUGGAGACAUGCAAAGAACGUGGAUGCUGCUUUGAUGACCAGAUUCCUCAAGUGCCUUGGUGCUUUCAUCCUCUUCCUGUAAAAGUUAUAAAAGGAGAGUGGGCCCUAUUAGGAGAAAUCAUCUGGGGAAUGGCUAAAAAGGUCAUGCAUGGACACUUGAGAGAUGCACAGGAGGCAUUUGCCAGAUACCUGAAGGAACAGAUCAUGGGUGCUGUUACAGGACUUGAUAUCCUAGCUAAAGGUCAGAAAACCCUUAGGGUGAUGAUUAUGGACCAUUGCCUGGCCCUGGACUAUCUUCUAGCAGACCAAGGGGAAGUUUGUGCCUUUGUGAACUCCUAUUGCAUGUGGAUAGACCUCUCCCAUUAG